AUGAGGAAGACAUUUUCGGGCUUAUCUAACAUGCUAAAUGUUGCCAGCACCAUAGAAGCCACUUCAAUCCCAACAUCCUCCCAGUUGGACGACAUCUUCUUUGGUAGUGAAAGCUUCACUACGGCUGUGGAUGCCCUUGUCGAAGCCUUUGAAAAGACAAGGAAACAAAUGGACCCUAAUGCCCCUUCUUUUGACUUGGGGCUAUCUCAAGCAACACAGCCAUCAGAACAAUUAGAUGCUCCGACCUUUGAUUUGGGGCUGAGUCCAUCACCACCACCAGCACAGCAACAGGAGGGGGAUUUAGGGCUAACUCCACCACUACAACCAGCACAGCAGCAAGGGAGUGAUUUGGGGCUGACUCCACCACCACCACCAGCACAGCAGCAACAGAAGGACAAAGAGCAACAACAAGAAAAGGAGAAAGAUAAGGAGAAAGAGCAAGAGACAGAGGAUGCUGCGGGGGAACCGGGGAUUGAUGCCCUGGUGGAUAGAAUUGCAGGGGAAGCCACAAAAGAUGCAACUUUUUCAACCCCUGGUGUGACUAGAGUUCCUUUUCAAAGGGCUGAUUCCCCUGUUGAUGAAUUUGAUAGUGCAUUAGCAGAGAGUGAAUCUGAUGUUGAGGAUGUCAUUACUAGAAAGAGGCCUCAACGAAAGUUCAAGAACAUCCCCCUAAACCUACGGUCUCCAUUCUGGAAUGAACAUGGGAUGAAAAUCAGAAAUGCCACUGUCCCAGAUAAACUCCUCUCGAACUAUGCAUUUGUAGAAGUUUCUGAGGAACAUCCUAAAGAUGAAUUACUUUUCAGCUUUGGUGACAUUGAGAUCACUAGGGAUCACUUCAUCUCGCUCAGUGUUGGCCAAGUUGAAAAUAUCUUCUUAGAUGUAUGGGCAUUGAGGCUCUCAAUGCUUGACAAAGAGCGUGCACCCGGGCAACCGAAGAGGGUGUUUUUCAGCACAAUUGCCUACGUAAGUCCUUUUUGA